GUCCCGGCGCUAAGAUGGCGGCCAAGGGCUCGCACUCGCACGUGAAGCUGGAGGCGGAGAUCGAGCGGUGCCGGGCGGAGGGGCUCUGGGGGCGGCUCUGGCUCCUCGCACAGCAGCUGCUGCCGGCGCGGCCCCCGCGCAAGGCGAAGGCGGCGAGGGGCGCGCAGGACGCCGAGGACCACGGGAGUAUGCUGCUAGCGGAGGUUCUGCUGGAAGAAUGUUUGAAGGAAAACUUUGCCAAACUGAAGGACUCCAUUCCACUGACAGAGAAGAAUGAACCAAAACUGAGUGAAGCUAAACAGUAUCUGACCAAUAUCUUAAGCAGAGGAAAAUUAAGACCUAAGUAUAUGACUGAAGCUAUGCUGAUCCUAGGAAAGCUUCAUUAUGUGGAGGGAUGCUACAGAGAUGCCAUCAGCAUGUAUGCAAAAGCAGGAAUUGAUGACCUCUCAACCAAAGAUGAACCUUUGUACGUGCUGCGUUUGAUAACUGAAGCCUUCGUUAUUAAAGGUAUGUCACUGGAGCGCUCGACCAACUCAAUUGCCUCACGUGCUCGACUGUGUGAAAGGGAGGAGGAAGUCAUGGCUUGUUUUGAGAGAGCGUGUGUCAUUGCCCAAGUGUACUUGCAGGAGCUUGAGAAGACCUUAAACAACACACAUUCAAGGAGUGUGAAGGGCAGCAGCAUGACUUACUCCGAGUUUGAACUUUCGUACUUUCUGGAAGCAGCUCUACAGAGUGCCUACGUGACUCAUUUAAAGAAGGGAAAUAUUGUGAAAGGAAUGAGGAGUCUGCGAGAAAUACUACGAACUGUGGAAACAAAAGCUACUCAGACCUUCAAAAUGACUGCAGCUAAACAGCUAGCCCAAGUACUUCUCCAUUCCCUCAGUGAAGACUGUUACUGGAGCCCUUUAUCUGAUCCGCUUCCUGAGUUCAUGAACAAGGAAUAUCAGUCUUAUGUUAGCAAUCUUCUUUGUCGGAGGCCUGAGCUGUACACAGAAGAGAAUGUGUACUGCCCUCAAGACAACGUAGAAGAGGCUCUUCUUCUCCUCUUAAUCAGUGAAUCCAUGGCGAACAGGGACGCGGUGAUCAGCCGAGCCCCAGACCAGCAGGAUGACCGAGCUGUCAGCCUCCAGGAUGCCUCUGCAGUCUACGACCUCCUCAGCAUCACACUGGGCAGAAGAGGGCAGUAUGUGAUGCUGUCUGAGUGCUUGGAGAGAGCCAUGAAGUUUGCGUUUGAUGAGUUUCACCUCUGGUACCAGCUUGCCCUGUCCAUGGUAGCUUGUGGAAAGUCGGCAUAUGCUGUGUCGGUGCUCAAAGAGUGUGCUAAACUGCGACCUAUGGAUCCCACCGUUCCUCUUCUGGCUGCCAAGGUCUGCAUUGGGUCACUGCACUGGUCUCUAUACCUACAACCCAGUGUCAUGAAAAUUAAAAGAAGAGGUCAAUUCAGCGAGCUGGAAGAAGGAGAACACUUUGCUAAAAUGGUGAUAGACCUGGGUGAGGAUGCUGGAGAGUCUCUAGCAAAAGGUUACCUGGCACUGGGCUUGACAUACAGUCUUCAAGCUACUGAUGCUAUUCUGAAGGGCACUCGAGAUGAAUUAAACAAGAAAGCACUUCAGACUUUGGAGAGAGCACGGGACUUGGCCCCAGAAGAUCACCAAAUCAUCCUCUACCUAUCACUGCAGCUGGCUCUUGUCAGACAGAUUUCAGAUGCUAUAGACCAUCUUCAAGAAGCCCUGCAACUCUGCAAAGAUGACAUGAAUUCACUUCAUCUACUGGCCCUCCUCUUUUCAGCUCAGAAGCACUAUCAGCAUGCACUGGAUGUUAUCAACAUGGCUGUUGCUGAAUACCCAGAAAGCUUUAGCUUACUCUUCACCAAAGUAAAACUGGAAUGGAUACAUAAAGGACCUGAAGAGGCUCUGGUGACAUGCAGACGUAUGUUGCAGAUGUGGCAGAUGGUAUAUAAUGUUGCACAGCACAGUGGCUCUGAGAAAUGCAGUAGUGUGACCGAAACACCAGUGAUCAAAAGGCAUAACGGACUGUAUCUCACUCUCCCAGAUGCUCACGAUACCGAUUCUGGGUCACAACGAGCCUCUUCCCUUGCUGCAUCAAGACUGGAACAGGCCAUGUCUGAAGUAACUGUGCAGAGCAGCACAAUGAAGCAGGGACCUACGCAACUGUGGACAACUCUUGAACAAAUUUGGCUACAAGCUGCUGAACUCUUCAUGGAACAGCAGCAUCUCAAAGAAGCAGGCUUUUGUAUCCAGGAGGCAGCUAGUCUUUUCCCCACAUCUCAUGCUGUACUGUACAUGCGUGGGAAGUUUGCAGAGAUGAAAGGCAAUUUGGAGGAGGCUAAGCAAUUGUAUGAUGAAGCGCUCACAGUGAAUCCAGCUGGAGUGGAAAUUAUGAACAGCCUGGGCCUGGUGCUGAGCAGACUUGGGCGGAGGGAACUGGCCCAGAAAGUCCUCAGAGAUGCCAUCCGUAUCCAGACCACCAGCCACAUUGCCUGGAACAGCCUUGGAGAGGUCUUGCAAGCUCAGGGGAAAAAUGAAGCAGCCAUCGAGUGCUUCCUUACUGCACUGGACCUUGAAUCCACCAGUCCUGUCAUUCCAUUCACUGUCAUACCCAGGGAGCUCUGAAGCUUUUCCCUGCAGCUAAGCACCUUCGUUCUGUGGACAGACACCAAAACCAAUUAAAUAAACAAAGAAAAAAGCCCAACAGAAAAGUGCCAUUGUAACCUGGAACUGGGAUGAGUAAUUCCAGGAUGGGGCUCAGGUCUACACGCUUAGCUGAGACAAGCUGAACUGUAGAAGAAUUUGCAACACGCAGAAAUAGAGAAUGCCUUUUUCUUCACAGGUGCCUGGCUAACCUCCUGUUAAAGUUGGUACCAAGGCUUAUUUCAAACUGUUGGUUUAAGGUGACUGUAAAAAGAUCAUGCUAGGAUACAGCUGUUCAAAGCACUUGCACCUUCAGUGUUCAUUAAAGAUAAAACCCCAAGCCCUGAAUUAAAGCCCAGACCUGCUCUAAAUAGGAGUAAAUGCACCAACUUAUUUGACCAAGUUGUGCUUAAACAUGUGGUUACCUCCCCACAGAUCUGACAGGACAAGAAUGACAAUUGCACCAAAUAGACAUGCAGUAUAUGCUGUUUACAAAACUAUUUCAGCUAUUUUGAUAAUCCUUUUUCCUGCCUUGCUUUUAUAUACUGCAUAUGCUCACUAUAUUUAGUGUAGCACUUGCCUAGACCAAUUUAAAUUAAAAAUACUUAUUUUUUAGAAAAGCUAAUAUUGCAGUAUAAUUCACAAAAGCAGAAAGACCAAAGACCAAAUAAGUUCACACUUGAACUAGUAUUAAAAACAUAUAUGUAUCUCCACUUACAUAUUUAUUGAAAGGCUUUACAUGAAGUAGCUAAUCAUAAACUCUAAGAUUCAUUCUUAUUAAUCACCUCUUGCAUCACUUUUAGAGAGGAAUAUAGUGUUUACCAUUAUAUUGUGACUGAACUCUGUACUCUACUGUAUUACUGUUCCUGGCACAGAACAUUUUCAUAUCCAUCUUUUCAUGAUACAAAAGAUGGCAGCAGUCUUUUAAGGGAAAUUAUGCUGAAGGCAGUAUGUGUAUAUAUGAAUUACUUCUUUCUUGAAACUAAAUCUUUGGAUUGUCCUUAGAAAUUUCACAUGAGAGGUAUGGAGCUGAGCCUUCAGUGGAGCAGGAUCAUUUUGCGUAUCGUAUCAGAUGUAAGAGUGAAGAGCUUUUAAUCCGCACAGCCUCCCCAUGGCUGGCACAGCCAGGGCAGGGGACACAGCUGGCAAUACCCCCUGCUAAGCUGCUCCUUAGCAUUGCUUGACCUCCCCGGGGCCUUGGCAGCAAGGUGGAGCUGUACCGUGCUGUCACACGACCCAUGGGAGCCAGCCCUGUCCAGAACAGUCCAAAGAUAAAGAUGAUGCAGAAAUUUGCUGCAGGCACUUUUCUACAAAAAAAAAAAAUAAAUGUUGGGGCUCUGCUCCUAUUUUCAUACAAAGAAGAUUUGUGACUAUUUCAUAAGUAAGUUUGCACUAAAACACACCUUGUAUUAUAAUUCCUCCCAGUAUUGUGAUCCUUAACUAGCUCACUCUGGAAAUAAUAAUAUCCUUAGGCAAUAAAUGAAUUGGGGUUAUUUCUUAAAGAGCCUGAGGCUCUGGCAGCAGACUUGAAGUCAGCUUUGUUUACAGUUAUAUGGAAAUCUGCAGGCUAAUGGAGAGUUAGGCCCUCGCAGUGCUCCCAGACCACACCAUGGCAGAGCUCCUGCCCCCAGCCCUCCCUCAAGAUGCCCACACCAAGGGAAGUACACUGUUCUCAGGUUUCUCUCAGCAGCCCAGUGCAAUGCCAGGCCAAUAUUUUUACUUUUUCCCAUUAAAUCAUCCUGGUGCAAUGGCCCAGAUUAUUUAUCUAUUCACCAAGGGAUUCUAGGUCUGAUCUAGGCUGAUUUCAGUCCAGGUGAAAAGAGCCCAGCCAUGAAAAGGUGCUCGGCCCAUGAAUUCUCUGGCUUUCCAGUGCCACCCAGGCACUAAAACUGAUUUUUUUAGGCCAGAGGCAGGUUUCCAAGGAGACAGUGUUACCCGGUCGCAUUUCUUGUUUGCAAUAGCACCAGCAGCAGAGGAAGGAGUAGGUGUUAAAGUACCGGAAUUAAAUGAGUUUCAUCAAGACAAAAAGACACAGCCGAGACCCAUUUUGGUGUGAAGGAUGCUAUGAAGUCGGCUUGCUCUGCACUGCAGGUGGGAAAGAGGGAAGGGGAGGGGUAGAGAUGCUGUUGUUGGCAUAAUAUGUAAAUUGUUACCCAGGUGUUUUAAACCCAGUUCCACAGUCAGAUGCAAUCUGACAAUAGACUUAAGUAGAGACAUAUAUAGAUAGGUAUUGUAUUCUGGUAUUUGUUCUGCUCCAAAGUUUCCAGGGUGGGAGCAAACCUUCUGUGUUAGACAGAAAAAAAGAGUCAGUGUGGUCCGACGUUGCCGCUCAGUUGUGCAAUAUAUAUUUGUAAAGCACUGCCAUAGCAACUCCUGUGUGCUGGACAGCUAUUUGAGUACAAGCUACAUCCACCUCUAUGACCAAGGAACUGCUUUAAGAGCUCUGUAACGUAGCUGGUCUGUGCCCUGGCAGGAGGGUGCCUGUUUCCCAGCAGCAGCUGAAAAGCAAACACUUAUAGACCCAUUUACUUCUGUAUGCGUAGCUUGUAAACAGCCACCAGCCCAUCGUGUUUGUUACUAUCUGGCAAACUUCAUCCUGGCAAUAAUCAGACUUGCCACAGCAGUCAUCUUCCUAGGAGAGGGGCAAACAUUCACAAAUACUUUGAGUGUGUCAAUAAGUCAGAUGUUGCUAGGGUGGUCCCAUCUUUCUCAAGUGCAUUAACGAGUGUUACUGGCAUUGGAAUUGCAGUCCUAAGAGCCUCUGCUUCAGGAAGACAUACAUGAGUAAAGGCCAUCAGCAUCAACAGGAACCACCAUGGGUAAGGUGGCCUUUACCAGCACACCACACCACAGCCCCUGCAGCAUCUACAGACAAAGUGCUUUGCAUGCAUACUGGCCUCAAUCCCGAGAUCUGCUGCAUGCUUCCCAGGGGAUACAGAACACCUUGUUGGCUGGAGGGGUGUUGUGUUAGCCUGAAAUGCUCUGUACAGUGCAGGAAAGAAAGUGGUUAUUGCACACUUAAAAGUAUUUUGGGGGCAAAUCCUCUAGCCAUCUUUGUUACUCAUGCUUACCAAAACAGAAGCCCUCCCAAGCUUACAUGCUGCCUCUCUUAUUCAGCGUGGAUUUUGCUCACACUUCCAGAUACAGAAAAACAAAGACAACUAUUUCAGACAAGCCUAUAUAUUGUGAUAUUUAUUUAGAUAGCAACAUUGAUAAAUCUGAUAGAAUUACUCAUCUGAGCUCAGUAAUACUUCUUUGUAUGGCAGGAAGCCUGGCAUGUUUAAUACUCAGGGUUUGAAAUCUAACAACAUAAGAUUUACAUGCCAUCCCUCAUAUGAUUAUUACAGUUCAUAAGUAGUGGAAGUUUGGGGAAUCAAUUCCAUGAGUUUGAGCACUGACUUGAGUCCAACAGUUUUCUCAUUCAUUAGUUUUGAAAGAGAGAGGUUAAAAAAACCACAUCAUUGCCUAAAGGAUCAGGUUCCUCUUGUUCCACCACAAGGUUAUUUUCCUUUUUGUUGGCAGGGUGCAUACAAAAAAGAAAAAUAAUUACCUUCUAUUUUCCUGUCGUGCAGUAAAGGAGUAGUAUGUGCUGUUGCCUUUGGCCAACAAGAAGGAUUGUGUAUUGUAAAAAAAAUUAAUCUGCCUCCAGGAUAACAGAAGGAGAAGCCCAAUAGGCCAGGGAACAGCUCCCCUGUAAAGUGGAGCUUUACCCUGCGUACAGUGUCAUUAGCUCCACUGGAGCAGUUGGUAGUUAGGAGCAUUUCCUCCAGCUGAGGAUCUGCCCACCCAUGUAUUCAUUCCGUACAGGGAGUACGGAGCUGCAAACUCCUGCGCCACACAAGUACCCCAGUCCGUUUCUAUUGGUAACACUUCAUGCUUCUGAUUAUCACAAUGCUUCAGAAGUGCUAAUUAUCUUUUCUUGGUAAUGACUAAUAAAUCCAAACGGAGAACAGUCCUGGAGGGUGUUUACUUUAAAAUUCACUGGCUGGGUACCAAAGCAGGCACAGCACUGGCUGCUGCAGUUUGAAUCACAGUUAUUUUAUCCAAAAAACGUUUCAUAUUCAGAGAGUCUUGGUGAAGAAUGAGUUUGGCUAGUUUGUAUUUCGUUUUAAUGACAGCAGAGUGGGAAACAAAAAAGACAUCACUACCACGAUCCUUUCUCAGCCAAACCAACAGAGGUUUGAUAGUUGCAGUUCAGCCUUGGAGAGGAAGGCUUCCCAAAGCAACCACACUGCAGCAGUAAUUGCCUCUGAAGGAAUUGUAUUACAGGCAUAUUUGACAAUUAUGCAGUGGGCAUGUGUAGCUGAGACAUCUUUCCCUCCUUUUUUGGCUAAGGGGAGCUGCUUUAUACCCGAAGGGACAAUUGCAAUGCCCAUCUGGGUGCCUCUCAGCACUACCCUGGUGCCAUCUGCACAGUCAUGUUCACCAACACCCCUUCGCUCACACUGGUCUGACUACUCUCAGACUGUUCCCUAAGCCUGGUUCCAGGCAACAGCCUCCCUACUGCUGAGCUGUUGUUCAGUGCUGCAGGAUGUCAGUGCGUGGCCAGAUAGAAAGUUAUUUUCUUAGAAAUGAGAAGCCAAAUCAUCCGUCAGACGGUGACGCUGGCAGGAGGGCAGGUAAACACUGACCCAGCAGUUGCCAAGAUGGUUCCUCCAACUUCGCCUUUCAUGAACUGGCUUGUGCCUUCAGCGCCAGCAAACCACGGCAGGUUCCCAAGUGACUGGAUACUAAAAGAUCCAUCUGGUUUUCCCACAGAAAUGCAUGCCAGUCAGUAGCUAAAACCACUGAUAGGGAUGCAACACUGCACCGUUGCAUAGCGGCCCACGAUGAUACAAAUAAGAACCUCCCUGAGCUGGUGCACAGAGAGGUGCUCAGCUUUUGCACAUAGAAAGCAUGUCCUACAUGCCACUCUAAUGCUGUUAACGUGGGUGUCAGUGUCAGUUUUCCAUGUAACUUAACUUUUUUUUGUCGUUAUAAGAUGCUUUCACCAGACAAAUAAAAUUGACCCUGUGGAAAACAAAAAAUGCUGCUCAUAUUUCCUGCGAGUUUCAGGGCUUUUAAUACAUUCAUGCCAUGGAUACUUCAAGUAUUAUGAAAUGUCCAGUUGUUAUAUUAACUGGAACCUAGUGUGCCUAGCAAGUUACCAGUUGCAAAGGAUAUUUUGGCCUACACCCUGUAGUUCAUGGGAAAAACGAGAGUGAGCAUGCAAGCAGCGUGCUUUCAGAGAGGAACAGCGCCAGGAAAAAGGAGUAAUGUAGCUUCAGAUGUUUGGAUUUAUGGAGAUUUAAGCAAGCAUUGUGUUUUUCUUGUGCUUCUUCCAGUAAAAAUAAACAAAGGUAGUGUGAGAAAUUGUAACAUUGAGGUAACAUGCAAAUACUAUGCCAUCAAGUUUAGGGACUCACCUUAUUUUGGUGGCAAUGCCAUUAAUCAUCUUUUUGCUACAAACAGUUACUCCUUUGGUUAUUUGGAAAUAAAAUGUCUCCAUUCAAGAGCUUCCAGAGCAUUCUUUGCAUUUACACAUUAAUCUUUUGGGCAAGCUUCAAGAGGG